AUGGAGUGGUUCCGGCGGUCCUGUCAGCGCCUCUUCGCGACGUCUUAUGCCAAAAGUUCUUACCACGAAGGCAAAAUCGACCCUUUUGCAAAUGUCCAAUGGAUUGCGCGGCCAUUUAUGAAAAGAAAUAUGCCGAAAGAUCACAUUUUGGCGAAGCCGCACAGAAGUUUGAAAGCAGUCACCAUGUUGGACGAGGAAACGCGAAACCACUGGCACGUUCUGGACGCCAAGGGCAAGGCGAGUCGUUCAACUUGCAAGUUUCAGCUUUCCGACGCGAUCUGCAGAGUUUCGCCGCUCAAUCUGUUUGAACUUUUCCUUAAAUGUCUUUUUUUAAAUUAUUAUUCGCUUUCGAGGGCUUUUGAGGCUCCAGUUUGUCCGGAGUUCAAGUUCAGACUCCCGCGCCGCAGCCUGCGUCGGGAGGCUGCUGCAGAUGUCCCGCGUCGUUUUUUUCGCUUUUUUGAAUUUGUUUCGAUUUUCUUUUCUUCUUAUUUUCUUCUUUUCUUUUUAUUUUAUUCUUUUCAUUUUAUUUUAUUCUUUCCAUUUCCUUUUCUUCUUUUCUUUCUUUUUUCUUUUCAGAGCGUUGGAGGCCUCGCAGCCCAAAUUUCGCGGCUGCUGCAGGGAAAGCACCGCGUGGACUAUUCGCCUUUGAAGGUUUCGGGCGACUCCGUGGUGGUGGUGAAUGCAAUUCACGUCAAGUUUUCGGGACACACUUGGGACACGAAGAUCUACAGAUUUCCCAGAAAGAGUGAGGCAUUUGCAUGCGCUUCUGCUGCUGCUGCUGCUGCUGCUGCUGCUGCUGCUGCUGCUGCUGCUGCUGCUGCUGCUGCUGCUGCUGCUCAGUUUUGGUGCUGCCUUCUUGUUGCUGCUGCAGCGCACCCGCGAGGCCCCAAAGUGGUGACGGCAAAAACAAUAAUGGCCCGAAACCCUUCGAUGAUAGUGAGUGGGGCCUUGGGGUGUACGUACACCGCAGCAGCCCGGGCGCGAGCUGCUGCCUUCACUUUCAUUUCCUUUUCAUUUCUUUUUCAUUUCCUUUUCAUUUCUUUUCUUUUUCAUUUCUUUUCUUCUUCAUUUCUUUCAUUUCUUUUUUCUUGGUGGCCGCAGAUCAACCUCGCCGUCAAACGCAUGCUGCCCAACAACCGCCUCAGACAGCUCUUCUACAGGUGGGCCACCAGUGGACCACCAGUGGACCACUGGCCGCUGACCAGUGGUCCACUGGACCAGUGGCCAGUGGACCGCUGGGCCAGUGGGGCAGUCCUGGGUUUUCAGAUGUAG